AUGGAAGGCAACGAGCCGGACCCACAGCUGCCCGCAAAGAGAAUCUUCUUUGUGCGACACGGCGAGGGCGAACACAACCUUGGGGGUCACGCCAGCAGUGGGUACCUGAUAGCGGACGCCGUCCUCACCGCGGCCGGCCAGGUGCAGUGCCGGUCCAUUUGCAGUGCCCUUUCUUCGCCUCCGCCACAGCUCGUGGUCGUUUCGCCGCUGCGGCGCACGAUGCACACGGCCAUGCUCGCUUUUGGCAACACGGCUCCCUUUCUGCUACUCCCGUCCAUCAUGGAGACGGGCCUGAUGCCGUGCGACUGCCCGCAGCCGGCGGCCGGCGCCGCAAUGCUGGAGGAGGUCGGCUGGCCGGGGCUGGCUCGCCAGUACGCGGCGCUCGGCGAGGGAUGGGACACCAAGGGGCCGGGCUGGCGGGCGUCGGUGCUCGAGCGCUUCGCGGCGCUGAUCGAGCUGCUCGGCGCGCGCGAGGAGGAGAGGAUAGCGGUGGUGUCGCACCACGACUUCCUCAAGGCGAACCUCGGCAUCUCGUUCGAGCCGGCCGAACUCCGCGCCUUCAGUCUCUGCGCCGGCGGGCUGCUCGAUGAGCUCGAUGGCCUCCACGCGCUCCACGUCGCCCGCCUCGCCGGACUCGCGCGAGCGACCAAAGUCGGCCUAAGCGUCGCCGCCUCGACAAACGAGGCAGACGACAGGCUCGCCCGGUCCGCGCACGGCGGCUCGCUCCACCGCGACCUCGACGCGGUGGGGCGGCGGAGCGCCCCCUCUUCGACACACGGCGGCAUCGCUUUUGGCGCCGACGCGAUGGCGCGAAUCGCGCCGCCGCCCGCCGCGGUGUCGCUCACGCUGCGCGUCGAUGUGGGCGGCACGGCGGACUCAGGGCACAAGGGGGCCACCCCCGCCCCCGGCAGCGGGUCGCCGCCGCCGUCCAGCCCGUCGCCGUCGUCGCUGGGCUCUACUACUAAGGCGAGCAGCCCGCUGGGGCGGCGCAGCUGCAUCGCGCCGGCGCUGCCUCCGCACUGCGAGUGA